CCGCCCCACAGAGGUGGACCCACUCCCCAGGCUGAAGAGAAUCCAGGCAGUUCACUUAGCAGGCCCACAAGUUGCCCAAGGGCUUGUUGUUGGGUGGGGCCAGUUGGGGUAGGCUGCCUUCCCUGGCUGAGCUGGAUUACAUCGCUUUUGUAGUCGGUGGGGCAGACCCUGGGCUAGCAGGCCAGGGGAAGAACUCCACUGAUGUCUGCCAGUGUCUGUGUCAGCAUGCCCAAACCAGAUCAAAACAAUGGCGGCUGCCAAUGUCCCAGUCCCCGGAGGGGUCUCACCUCUCGCCGAGAUGCACUCAGAGCCUAUCAGAAACCCUGAGCCAGGAGUCAUGGCAGCCAAACCCAAGCUCUACUACUUUCGUGGCAGGGGCAGAAUGGAGCCAAUCCGCUGGCUGCUGGCUGCAGCUGGAGUGGAGUUUGAAGAGAAAUUUAUAGACACUCCAGAAGACUUGGAAAAGUUACAAAAUGACGGGAGUCUGAUGUUCCAGCAAGUGCCGAUGGUGGAAAUUGAUGGGAUGAAGCUGGCGCGGAGCAGAGCCAUUCUCAGCUCCAUUGCCGCCAAAUACAACCUCUACGGGAAAGACAUAAAGGAGAGAGCCCUGAUUGAUAUGUACAUAGAAGGUAUAGCCGAUUUGAUGGAAAUGAUCCUGGUUUUGCGCAAAAGCCCACCUGAUGAAAAAGAUGCUAAGAUCACCCUGAUCAAAGACUGGACAAUAUAUGGUUAUUUCUUUGUGUUUGAAAAAGUGUUGCAGAGCCACGGACAAGACUACCUGGUUGGCAACAUGCUGAGCAGGGCUGACACUCAGCUGGUUGAACUUCUCUACUCUGUCGAAGAGCUUGACCCCGGCAUUCUGGCCAACUUCCCUCUGCUGAAGGCCCGGAAAACCAGAAUCAGCAACCUCCCCACCAUGAAACAGUUUCUGCAGCCUUGCAGCCAGAGGAAGCCUCCAGUGAAUGAGAAAAGUUCAGAACAAGCAAGGAAGAUUUUCCAGUAAUAAUCAAGCCAGCAUGGCUGCCCAGCCUAUGCAGGACUGAUCUUCUGAAGUUUUCCAAGUAUGAAGUGCUUGAUAAAUGUAGAUCCUGGUUAUUGUGAGAGUAAUAAACUCUUCCAAGGUUUUACUCGUAAUUCAAUAAUACAACUCCUAUCAGUAGAUUUCAUUGCAAUUUAUUCUUUUUCAUGAGGAUCAAAUUUGAAAUCAGAUUUCAUUCUCCUUCUGCCCUGUGCCUUUCUUGGAAUAAAAAAUUAAAUAA